AGAGGCGAGUCAAUUCGCCGACCCCAAGCCCGAUUUCUGGAGCUUUAUAAACACCAAUCCUACAGAUUUCGAAGGAGGUAUAGAGAAAGGGGGGAUAGAGAUGACUCUCGAGGUCGUCCCCAAGAAGGUGUUUCUAAGCUCCGGGAACCAUUGGAACGCCAUUUCUGCAAAGAUGAAAGAAGGUAUGAUAGAGAUUCUUCUCUGUGUAGUGAUGGUAGAGGAAACCGUGGCCAUCAUAGUUGUUUCAAUCUAAGAGGUUCCAAUCUCAGAUGGAGUUCUCCUAAGGCUCUCAAUCGGAGACCUUACAAUUAUUAUCCAGAUGGACGGAAAUCAACCACCACAGAUCAGAGGGUUUCUGAAGUUGGAUACGGAGCUUUGCAAUUCAGUCACCCCCCUUGGCAGACUAGAAACUUGCACGCUUAUUUCCUGCUUGGUAAUGUUACCUAUAAUCUUUUUCACUCUCAUCACAAUCAAACCUUCUGCCUGGCAGUAGAGGGCAAAAGCAAUAGUAUAAUUUGGUUCAACUAUGAUCUAUUCAGCUAGGUUUUGGAAUGCUUAUUGAAAAUUUACUCUGAGCCAAGUUGGGUGUUUAGUAAAUAUACUGGUAACAGGGAUAUGGUUGUGGCUGUUAAUAAGGAAGCCAAUGAGAAUCAAGUAAUCAUUUUCGAAAAAAGAGUUGAAGGCAGCAGAAAGGUCUCUGUUCCAGUAGGGAACCAAUUCAAGUUGAUUAAAAACUUUGUCAAAAACCUCCAACUCUUCUAUCGUAAAGCUAGGGAGAAAUCAAAACUGGAUACACAAACUGGAAUGGCUUCGGAUUUUCGGGUCCAACCACAUUCUGGGAAAUCAGGCAACUGUGGAGAUUGGUAUCCAAUCGAAGAACAAACUCACCAAGUUGUUUCAAUCUCUAAAUCCUUACUGUGCUGGGAAAGUGAAUCUCCCCUGACCUCCAAUUUCUUUGAAGGGGACUUGGAACAAUUGAGCAAUGAGGGAGGGGUAUGGCAGGAACACUCUUGCUCCAAAUUAUUGUUUGCCAUGGACAUUUCAGGUUUUGAAUGUCAAACAAACAGUAAGGAAGAUACUUCAUUCUUUUUGGUUGGGAAGGAAGCUUCAGGGGCAGAUUCUGGAGCUUUAGGUCCUAAAAUUUUAACAGCCAGACCUUGGAAUGAGGUGCUCAUCGGUCCGCCUUCGAAGCUAUCUCCAGAGGCCCCUCCGUUUAUCCCCAUUUCCUAUAACCCGUUUGGGGUACUAGAUUCCAAUGAGGACGUCAACCUUGAAGAACCUUUGGAGACACAUGCCAAAAACUUUGGUGAAUCCAUAGAGAAGUUUAACUGCUCAUCUACUCAGCGGGUGUUGAAACUUAAUGCGCUUGAGGAUGCGCCCCCGGUAAAUGAUGAACCGGCCCUCUACACCCACUCGGAAGGGGAAACAACGGUGUUUAUUGAUUCCAUUCUUCAACCCNAAGGGAAAGAACACCCCAUUAAGGGAGUAGACACAUCUGAGGAUGAGUUUACCGUGGAUGGCAUUCGCUCUGCUUUCAAGGAAAGCUGCCCAACAAUCAAAGAGAGGAAAAUUCAACUUAAAGCUCCCCCUUUGGAACCACAUACAAAGCUUAGCAAAAAACAGAAAAGGAAGGCUAAGCUAAAACUCAAACAAGCCCAAGCUAUGGAGAUGACAAACUUAGCACUUGAUGCUAAAUACACAUUGGAUAAGACUGAUUUUGAGGAUGAAUAUGAUUUCUCAAAUUAAUUGUUGCUCUUGUAUCUGUUUU